AGUGUUUAAUGCGUAAGAAUACCACAAGUACAAUCGAAUUGGCGAUAUAAAGCUCGAUAUCGUCAUAUGUUUAGCGUCUGUAUUGAUCAACGUCUGGAUCAAGGGAGAAAAGUAGGUGAUCGACUAUAGCUAGAACAUGGGUCUGUUUGGGAAUAACGUGGUAUUCUUCAAGGGUCAGAACUAUGACCAGUUGCGCAAGGCUGCCCAGAGCAGUGGGUCGCCCUUCGAGGACCCGGAGUUCCCUGCUGCAGAUGCUUCUCUCUUCCACAAGAGAACCUCGCCCGGGAAGAUCGAAUGGAAACGACCUGGGGAACUUACGAGUGAUCCUCAUCUUGUGGUAGACGGCACCAAGAGCGGUGAUGUGUCCCAGGGCCAGCUAGGAAACUGCUGGUUUGUAGCUGCUACUGCUAACCUUGCACAGGAGAAGGAACUAUGGGAAACUGUUGUUCCCAAUGCUAAAGAUCAAGACUGGGACGCAGAUAACAAGGAAAAGUAUGCCGGCAUCUUUCACUUCCGAUUCUGGCGCUUUGGCAAGUGGACCGAUGUGGUGAUCGAUGACAGACUGCCGACACAUGGCAACAAACUUAUCUACACACACUCCGAAGAGGGCAAUGAAUUCUGGAGUGCUCUUCUUGAGAAGGCCUAUGCUAAGAUCUCUGGUUGUUAUGAGAACCUGGAUGGGGGCAACACAGCCGACGCCCUGGUGGACUUCACCGGGGGCGUGGCAGAGCAGAUCAACCUCGCCGAUCCAGAGUUCCAAGCAGAUCAGAACAAGAAGAAGGAGCUCCACUCCCAGAUGAAGAAAUACAGCGAGAGAAGGUUUCAAAUGAGUGCAUCCAUCAAGGUAACCAAUGCUGAAGAGAUGGAAGCAAGGACCGAUGUUGGACUGGUCAAAGGCCAUGCCUAUGGAGUGACUGCAGUGAAGUCUGUCAAGCUGGGAAGCUCUGGAUUCUUCAAGAAAGAGAAAGAGUACUUGGUGAGACUGAGGAAUCCAUGGGGAGAGAAGGAGUGGAAUGGACCGUGGAGUGACGGGUCACCAGAGUGGCAGAACAUUAGUGAAAGCCAACGCAAGAGCAUUGGAAUCGUGAAUGAAGAUGACGGAGAGUUCUGGAUGCCAUUCGAUCAGUUCUGUCAACACUUCACAACCCUUGUAAUCUGCCGGAUGCCCAACAAGACAUACCUAAGCCUUCAACGCACCUGGCAUGAGAGCUUGUUCAUCAGCGAAUGGAAAUAUAACUCCAAUAGCGUCUUGAACAGAGCUGGUGGAUGCAUCAACGUGAAAGAAACAUUCCUUCAGAACCCACAGUUCUUGAUCUGUGUGGACGCUGACAAAGAUGACAUCAUCAUCUCCCUCUCCCAACCAGACACCAGGGCAGAUCAGAGCGAGGAUCCAAAGACUAUUGGAUUCUAUGUCAUGGAGGUGGAGAGCAACAGGAAGCAUCGUGCACAUACGAUCAAGCCAAAAACCUUCAUGUCCGCCUACAUCAACUCCAGGAGUGUCUUUGCAAAGUCAACCCUCCUCAGAGGGCGCUACAUCGUCGUGCCGACCAUCUUCGAAGCCAAGGUUGAGUCUCCCCUCAUGAUCAGAGUGUUCUCUGACAGUGGCGCUGAAGUCAAGGAGCUGAAGAAGGACCAUCCCGAACCUAAGACCUUCGACUGCUUCCAAGGAGGUAACAUCAGGGUCGUGUCACAGGUCAACGUACUUUCAGCCAGCAACCUGAAGAAGCAAGACCACUUUGGAGGAGGAGCUGAUCCCUACGUAUAUGUCAAGUGUGAAGGAAAGACAGCCACGUCUAGGGUACAGAAGGAUACGCUGAAUCCAGAAUGGAACUACAAUUCCAUCUUCUACAGGAGGAAACCAGGAACACCCAUCAUUGUGGAGGUUUGGAACCAUAACGUUGUGAAAGACUCGUUCAUGGGGCAGGCCAUCUUCUUGGCUGGGAACAAGGGCCAACCCGAGCACAACGUAGCCGUUCUCAAGAAGAGGGGCAGGGACUCGGAAGAUGCCGCCGGGGGCCAGGUCAGUGUCGUCAUCACCACCACCGACGACCUCAAGGCGUUGUAAAGGGUCAACAGCGAUUGGAUUCGUUUGACUGCAGUGGGGAUUGGUACCUGUGUUGGUAGAAGAUUUCUUUUCCCAGUGCCAUGAAUUUUAAUGCCUUUUUACAAUUGCAUGGAACUAUCGUUCUCUCUUUCUCCAUCUUUUUUGCCCAACCUCUUUCUCUUUCACUCUCUCUCUCUCUCUCUCUCUCUGUGUCCCUUACCCCUUUUUUUACUCUCUUUCCCUCUCUUAUUGCUCCCUGUCUUUCUCUCUGGUGGUUAGGUGGCUAAGUCGGUACGUUGAAGGAACUUUUACUCCUUUACCAAUUUGCAUUCUUUCUACAGGUUGUAAGAAAUACACUUUCUUCUAUACUUGAUUCCAUUCGUUAUCAUGAAGCGUUGUGAUAUUUUAAGUAUGUAAAUAACAUCCAAGGUAUUUUCUCACCUCCUUGUUUGAAUAUGUACAUCUGUGAGAUCGUUUUAAGGAUGCAGUGAGCUUUUUAAAGAGCUUUUUAAAGAGGAUCUGUUGUCAAAAUAAAGUGUUUGCUUAGAAUUUGAUUAGGUAUGAAGAAGAUUCAGCAACAAGAGUCAAUACCUACUUAUGAUGAAAAUGCUCCUGAAAUAAUUAUUACAACUGCAAGUGAGGAUGCUUCAUGUAUGUUGAUGAAAGAACGCUUGCUUUGAAGUGACCAGAUCGGAUGUGAAGGACCUCAAUAUUUUUGACCAAUUACAAAGCCUUUCCCAUGUGCAUUAAACCAUACAUGUAUAUUCAGGGACUUUUAACCCAAUGUAAACGCAAUACCAAUGUGAAAUUAUUUCGAGAAAUUUCCUUUUUUUUAUCGAAAACAAAAACAUUCAUUUGUGACCAGACACACAGCAUUCCAUGUUUGUAGUGGUCUUUGACAAAUUUUUUUUUUGCAUUCAUGUCAUUGUUUCAUUAAAAGAGGGAUGUUAUAUGUAAUGCAGGUUGAAAGAGUGCACUGUAGUGUACCAUUAUUUUUAAAUGAAAAGGAAAAGGAAAAGGAAGUCUGUUGGGAGAUGCUUGUAAGAAUAAUUUUUUUGAAUAUUGUAAAAAAAAUGCCAGUAGUCGUAGUAAUGACAUAUUUUGUUGUAUUUUUACAUCUCUAUACUUUUACUCAUUUGAAAUCUUAUCUAUAUAUAAUUAGAAAUAUAAGCAUGUAGAAAGUUUGUAUCACUAGAUCAAUAUAUCAUUGUAUAUUUUGUAUGUAUUUUCAGUGGAGAGAUUGGUGAAUAGAAUAGAUCUGUAUUGACUUGAGGAAUUAUAAUGCACACAUAUUUUUCUGAAAUGCUUGAAUAGUGUAUGAUUGUAUGUCAAUUGCCUAGUGCUGACAAAUAAGUUAAAACUUUGAGAUGGUUUGUCCCUUUUGCAGACCUAAAUGCCUGUAGGAGCAUGAAUCAAGUGGUAUAUUGAAGAACUCAAUUAUUAGGCAUCUCCAACAAAUAAAAAAAAAAGGAAACUGGCUUUCAACAAUUAAAUUUUGAAUGUUUAAUUCUAGAUAAUUAUAUUCUAAAUUCAAAAUGAAUUUGACCAUUACACAUUUCGACUUGGGAAUGGCCUUCUCUGUGGCAAUAUGAAAACAGUGCUAGAUUUUUAUUUCUUACCAAGGAGUUUCAAAACCAAUGACCAAAAUUUCGCAUAUGAUAUCUGAGGGAUAUAUUUUAAACACUAGCCAAGUUUUAUGGAGUUUGCAAAAGGGACUCAAAAGAAUUAAUGCAAGCAAUAGAUUGUUUUGUAGUGAUACAGUAGAAUUGAAUGUUUUGGGGGUCCUGAAAAUUUAAAAUAACAAGUUAACAGGAAGUUUUGGGUUUUAUAAUUAGCUUGAGGGAUAUGAUUUGUGUAUGUUUUUUUCUAACCAAUUUUUAUAGUAUUAUUUGACGAUAUAAUAUUCAUUAAUGUAUUUAUUCCAUAUUCUAGGCUUGUGUUGCUUACUUGCUAUAACUGUACAUUGUAGAUCAGUGCAUUCAUAUUUUUAUUAGAAUUUAGGUAAUAUUAUGCGAUCAUUAAUUCGUAAAAUUGUCUGUAUUUUCAUAAAUAUGUAUCUCCCUGUUAUCGCAUUUGUAUUAUUUAAUGUUAAUUGAGUUUGUAUUCAUUUGAUAAAUGCUUACAAAAGAGGCAUGUGAAGAUUAACAAAAAGAGAGAGAUAAGGGAACUUUACCGGCUUUCAAAUUUAGAAGAAGCACCUGAAACUAUCUGAAAUUAUUUUCUAAAUCUACUUACUAUGUUUGAAAUUACAGCGCUUCUCUUUUUAUGUUAUUGCCAUAAUACCUUGUCUCUAUGUCUGUUUUGACUGUAUUAAUAUGCAGGUCAUUUUUCAUACAUCUUGGUUUAUAGAAUCUUAAGAUUUUAAUUUUUGAGAAGUGCAUGUACACAAAGCUCUCUCGCACUGUGAAAUUGAAGAGUAGCUUUUGUUGGAAUUGAGUUGUUUGACGCAUUAUGCAUUACGGGGAUAUAUUUUACAAGAAAUUCUUCUUUUCGACUUUAGUUCAUGUUUCAUGAAACUUAUUUUAUUUUUGAAUGAAAGUAUAUUAACAUGUAUAUAAAAUCACGGAUUUUUAUGUAAACUAUGAAGAAAAACUAAUUUCAUGUGAUGUUUUCAGUUAUAGGAACCAUUUAAGGAUAUUUUAAUCUUGUUAUGGGUAUUAUGAAUGUAACUAUUAUACUUCUGAAGGCAUGAUUUUGGUAUGUACUAACGUUUGGGGUAGUGUUCUUUUAAGUAUUCAGGUAAUUUCAUUGUUUGGAUAUUUUUUUGUAUUACUCUUCCAAAAUUAUUCAUUCCUUUUUUUACAUUAAUUCAUUUUCUAAUUAGAAAAAAAAUGAUUGUGAUAUUAUAGAGUAUUCAAAAGCCAUUAAAAAGUCGGUAAAUGAGAGAAAGAUAGUCAUGUUUAGAAAGUUUGAAUUUGACAAAUCGAAAGACAUACUAUGAAGCGCAAUUACAUAACCUUGGAAUUGACGCUUCAUGUACAACGGAUAUAACUCUUUCAGAAAUUGCAGUGAUCGUGCUUGUGCAGUGCUUGCAUGGAUAAUAAAUCAAGAAUUCAUGAUGUUUCUAUCAAAAGGGUCCAAAUGAUCAUACCAAUUUUAUUCUUGCUUGUCUUUCAUUACUCAUAUCCUUAAAUAAACCCCCAAUAAAUUAAACUCCGUAAUUACGACAUCAUUAUGCAAAAAUAUUUCACAAUGCAUCUCGCCUUGUAACAUCUUUUUUUAUACGAACAUGUAUUGCCCGAUGUUAUUAUUGUGUAAUGAUUAAAUGUAAGCCAUGAACAAA